AUGGACCACGCCUUCCGCACUCUCCUCCGCACUGCAACCCCCCGCUCCAUUGCCGCGCUCGCCCGCGACGCCCUCGGCCUCUUCUGCGGCAUAACCCUCCUCUGGGAGAACUAUAUUACGCUCGAACUCAGCUCGGGGCCAUCAAUGUAUCCGACGAUCAACACACGCGGCGACUACCUCCUCACACUAAAGAACUACAAGCACGGGCGCGGGAUCGAAGUCGGAGAUGUCAUACGGUUCCACCAUCCGUAUUUUCUGGGAUUGCAUGGCGGGAAGAGGGUUUUGGGGUUGCCGGGGGAUUUUGUGAGUAGGGAGGAUCCGUUGGAUGGUGGGGUUGGAGGGAGGGGGGAGGUUAUUCGGGUUCCUGAGGGGCAUGUCUAUGUGGUUGGGGAUAAUUUGCCGUGGUCAAGGGAUUCGAGGACGUUUGGGCCGUUGCCCAUGGGGUUGAUUAAUGGGAAGAUUGUGGCCAAGGUUACGCCGCCGUUUGGGGUGAAAUGGAUUGAGAAUACGUUGAAGCCGAUUGGGGAGAAUAUGGGAUGA